UAUCAUUUUAAAUUAAAAGAAUUAUAAAAUUUAGUUAAUUUGUAUAAAUUUUUAUCACAUUUUUCCUUUUAUAUCAGCUAAUACAACAUUCGUUUCAUGGAUCCUGGAAGUGAAAUUUUAGGAGGAAUGGACAAAGAAACUGCAAUUAAAGAAGUUAUUAAAAUAGCUCUAGCACAUGAUGGUGUUGUUAAAGGUAUAAGAGAGGCCACUAAAUAUUUAGACAAGAGAGCUGCUGAGUUAUGUCUUUUAUCUAAAAGUUGUGAUGAACAAAGUUAUGUCAAAUUAAUUAAAGCAUUAUGUAAUGAACAUGGGAUUAAAUUAUUAGAAGUGGAAGAUAGUAAAACUCUAGGUGAAAUGGCGGGACUUUGUAAAAUUGAUAAAGAAGGAAAACCAAGAAAGGUUGUUGGAUGUAGUUGUGUUGUUAUUAGGCAUUUUGGAAGAGAAACUCAAGCUCAUGACGUUUUAAGGCAAUAUUUAAAAAUUAGAUAAACAACUAUAUGUGAAUAUUAAAUAAAAUUAAUUUAUAUCUAAUUUUGAAUAUAUACAAAUUAUAUAUAAUAAAUUUUUAUGCUAGAUAGAAAAAUGUAUGUUUGUAAAAUGCAUUAAGAAUUUUUUCUUAACAGAUUAUAGAUUUAUUUAUAAAACUUG